AUGGCCAUCCCGCGCUCCAUAGUGUUCUGUUUCAUGGCUGCCUUUGGCGGCUGGGUGUUUGGAUAUGACAUUGGUUAUAUCUCUGGUUGUUUGAUUAUGCCGGAUUUCGUCCAAACUAUGGGUGGCGACUACGAUGGAGCUACAGACUCCUGGGAACUCAGCUCUCAGAAGCAGAGUAUCAUCACAUCGUUGCUCUCCGCUGGUACCUUCUUUGGCGCACUCCUUCAGACUCUCACCUCCGACCGCCUUGGACGAAAAUACUCGAUCAUGUUUUGGUCCGCCAUCUUCCUGGUCGGGGUUGUAAUCCAAACCGCCUCGUUCGGGCUUGUGCAGCUCACCAUCGGUCGUUUCUUUGCUGGCCUGGGUGUUGGUGCUCUUUCGGCCAUUGUACCCCUCUACAUUGGAGAAGCGGCACCGAAGAAGAUCCGCGGUACACUGCUAGUACUCUACCAGGUCCAGAUCAUCUCGGGCCUGUUCCUCGCGUACAUUAUCGACCUGGCCACCCAUGCCAUGCCCAACUCUGGAUCGUGGCGCAUUCCCAUCGGACUUCAGAUCAUAUGGGGCAUCAUGCUCAUGCUCGGGGCAGCUAUUCUUCCCGAGUCCCCGCGUCUGCUUCUUGGGAAGGGAAAGCAAGAGGCCGCUCUCAAAUCGAUUGCAGCACUGAACGACUGCAACAUCGAAGACCCGCUGGCCCGCGAAAUCUACGACGACCUCGAAGAGGCGGUCGCUGCGGAGAAUGCCGACGGCCAGGCCAGCUGGCUUGAGUGCUUCUCCACUCGCUCGAUGAUGUGGAAGCGAACUCUCAAUGGAAUGAUGAUCCAGUUUUUGCAGCAGCUCAACGGCCAGAAUUUCUACUACUACUACGGACCGGUCUUCUUCAAGGCCGCGAGGAUUGAAACUCUCAACUCGUACACGAUUCAAGUCCUCAUGGGUGGUGUCUCAUUCGCCAUGGUCCUUCCGGCCAUGUGGACAAUUGAACAUGUGGGCCGUCGCAAGUCGCUGCUCAUCGGUGCCGCCUUCAUGGCCUGCUGUGCCAUUAUUGCCGGCCUUGUCGGGCAUUUCUUCACCGACAGUCCAAAUGUCCCUGCAGGCAAGGAGCGCAUGGGCGGAAACGUCCUUGUGGCCUUUGCACUCCUUCACGUGUCAGCUUUCAGUCUGUUUUGGGGACCAACCCCUUGGGUCUUGCUGGGCGAGACCUUCCCUCUCCGCGUUCGUCCCAAGGCAAUUGCACUGGGAUCCGCCACCAACUGGUUCUGGAACUUCAUGCUGUCUUAUUUCAGUCCCCUCAUUGCGGCCGACAUUGGUCCCCUCAUUCUACUCGUGUUCUGCGGAGUGUUGAUUGUGGCCUUCUUCUACGUGUUCUUCAUGAUUCCGGAGACCAGGGGUAUCUCGCUCGAGGAGGUGGACGAACUUUAUCGCUCCAAGAUCCCGGCCUGGCGUUCAGGCUCCUGGAAGCCUGCGGAGCGUCAUCACCAUCACGUGGAGGGCAAGAUGUCCGACGAGGAACACCAGGAGCACGCGAGGGCUGCGGCAGUGUUCACCCACCACUAG